AGGAGAGAGAGGAGGGAGAUCUGGACCUGAUUUUUUUUCCCCAAACUUCCUGAAAACAAAACAGUAAACUCCGCCAGGAUGAACGAGACAGACUUCUACCUGCCGCUGUCUGAGUACAGCUUCGAGCGGAAGUUUGACGAGAGAGGAGCGAUCCAGUGGAUGCAGGCGAACUGGAGUAAGUCCUUUCUGUUCAGUGCUAUGUACGCCGCCUUGGUGUUUGGAGGUCAGCACUACAUGAGGCCCAGACCCAAAAUGAACCUGCGGCGUCCGCUCAUCCUCUGGUCCCUCAGCCUCGCCGUCUUCAGUAUCAUUGGGGCCCUUCGGACUGGCUCCUACAUGCUCCACAUCCUUAGCAGCAGCGGCUUCAGACAGUCCAUCUGUGACCAGAGCUUCUACAACGGACCUGUCAGCAAAUUCUGGGCGUAUGCCUUUGUACUGAGCAAAGCUCCAGAGCUAGGUGACACAGCGUUCAUCGUGCUGAGGAAGCAGAAGCUGCUCUUCCUGCACUGGUACCAUCACAUCACUGUGCUGCUCUACUCCUGGUACUCCUACAAAGACAUGGUGGCAGGCGGAGGCUGGUUCAUGACCAUGAACUACGCCGUACAUGCGCUCAUGUACAGCUACUAUGCCGCUCGUGCCGCAGGCCUCCGUGUGCCGCGGCCGUUCGCCGUGCUCAUCACCAGCGCUCAGAUCGGACAGAUGGGCAUGGGGCUGACAGUGAGCUGGUUGGUGUACCGCUGGAUGCAUCAGGGCGGCUGCCCCUCCAGACUCGACAACAUCACCUGGGCAGCACUCAUGUACCUCAGCUACCUGGUGCUCUUCUCCAACUUCUUCUACCAGACAUACCUGCGACGCCAAGACCACAGCAAGACCGCCAAGACUGAGUAGAGACGGUGUGAGUCUGCACAGGGGGAAUGUAGGAGAUCUGUCCUAAUAAUGGAUACUGAAGCUGCUAUUUUAAAAAAAACCUCUUAUCUCCAGUGUUCUCCCUGAUUAACCAGCAUCAGGAUAAACUAGUAGUCUGAAUGAAAAUCCUGUGAGAGGGAUGUUUGAUUUUCACACCAACAGUUCAGGCAGCUAUAUUUUAAAUUUUCUUUAAUCUCUACAUUAAAAACAACAAAACUGCAAAUCUGGCUUUAAGGGAUGCAGCAGAUUUUCCUAACCUAAAGAACGAGGGACCUGGUGUCACGUUAAAGACCAACUAAACCCUCAGACCACCGUGUUCAGAUAGAACAGGGAUGUAGACCAAAUUAAUUCAGGUCUGACCCCCAAACAUUUCAGCACAAAGUUCUAGACCUCACAUUUUGUUUAAGAAAUGUACAUAGUGACUGUCCCCUACAGGUUGAAACCUUCUACUGCAGAGGAAUUUUUCUAUUGGGCUAGCUGGUACCCUCUGACUUCAUGAACCACUUAAGAACUGUCAUCAUUACUUUUUAACACGCUUCUUUUAGUAAACGGUUUCAUUUAAAUGCAUUCUAGGGGUUAUUUCACGAGGUUGUUUUAAGAAAAACUUGAUUUAUUCAUGAUCUCAGUCAUCAGCACUACAUUACCCACAAUGCUUUAGAGUCACAGCAAAGUCUGAUUGGCUGGUCCCACCUUCAAGCUUGAAACUUCAGAGUUCAGUCCGGUACUGCCCUUAGAGGUGAAUUUAAUGGUUAUUUUUUUCAACCAAAGAUGGUUUAAAUGAACAGCACUACAUUACCCACAAUCCUCAGGCCUGAAUUUUAGCUGUGGGCUGCUACUAGUGAAGUUAAUGGAGAAAGUGGACGUAACUGUUCAGGUCUAUGGUGAUGCCAGAUGGAGAAAAUUAUCAAAAUAACUGAGAUGGUUUCAACCUGUAGGGGGCAGUCACUCUGAACAUUUCUAACAUAAAUGUAGAAUUUAAACAUUUUGUGCCAAAAUGUGAAGAUUUGGACCCUAACUCAUCUGAAUAAAGGACUCUGAGGGGUAAGUUAGGCUAUAAGAGCCAUCAGCAAAACAAUUUAAAGAGAAAUUACCUGAUAAAUCUGGAUAAAUAUGAAGUUUUCCCCCAUUCCCCUCCAGAAUGGUGUUAUUUAGAGUAAAUUGGAUAAUUCUGAAAAUCAGAAAUGAUACAUUUUUAAGAGCCCAUCGGCCCACAUCUGUCCCAGUUUCUUGGUCGUUAGUCCCCGAUUCUAGUCUGCUUUAACUCGAAUUCUGAGGCACCGUAUAGAUGAGGUACAGGUGAGCAUGUUGACUCCUCCCCUUUGUGGUCACAUUUAACAAACGUGAUGGUUCACGCUGAAACAACUUAACAUUCCAGCCAGAUGAUGAAACCAGCUUCUCCCAUCUGCUCAUUCUGGUUGAACUGGUUUCACCGCACCACACCUCCUUUUCUGUGGGCCAACAGCCAACCAGGAGGCAGCAGCCGGGGCAGUUUCUUCACCUCUGUUGGGUGUCGGACACGUGUGAGUCAAAGGGAGAGGCAGCUCUCUUGAUAGUCAUGGUUUCUUUCAUGUGAAAUAACUGAAUAGAAAAAAUAGGGGGAAAACAAAAAACCUGUCCUCAAGGUCAGUGUACUUUCAAGCAGUUGAAACAAGCUAUGAAAAAAAAACAGAAUAACUGAGCUGCUUUUUUUUAUUUUCAGUCACUUUGACAAAAAACAAAAUUUUAAACGUAGUCAAAUUUUUGUUUUUGCUAAUUCUAUUUUUUUGUUUUCUUGUUUUUAAAGAAAAACUUGAACAGGAAAAUGUGACCCAAAGGUAAAGGUAAACAUUUCAAAAUUAAAGCCCACAUACAUGGAAAAACCUGCCCUUGGCCCUUUGAGGCAUUUCAGAUUAAAUAAGGAAUCAAAAACAAAAAGAUGAGGGUUUUUUUUUUUUUUUUUUGGUCAUUUCUUGUAUUUUUUUCAGAGAGAAUUAUUCAUCUCAUCGUUUUUGUGUUCAGGAUAAAAAAUGGAAGACUAAAAAAUUGGAACACUGGAUACAUCACCAAUGUUUCAUUCUUUGAUCUUCUUUUUUUAUCCUGAACCCAAAAAGGAGGACAUGAACUAUUAUUAUUAUAUAUUUUUUUUUUAUUAAAAACAAGAAAAAUUUUGUUUGUUUGUUGGUUGGUUGUCUGUGUUUUAGAUUCACUAUUUGAUCUGAACUCUCUGAAUGGGCCAAGGGCAGCUUUUUCAUGUUAUUUUUCCCAUUUCUACUGUAAUUUGGGAGUGUGUUUCUUCUUGAUUUUGUAUUUCUUGUUUCAAAUUAAAAAUCUGUUGACCUUAAAGUACACUAACCACAAGGGAUGAAAACAAAUCCAUGCAAAGACGCCUCCUGUCAACCUCAGCCAAAGUAGGGAACGUUCUAUUCUUCUAGUCCCCUCCUGUCUUAGAUGUUAAAUGAUGUUAUACAUUAGGGAGGGUGGUUGAACACUCACAUAAAGGGUUGGGCAAGUCAAAGACGUCAGCAACAAAAGCAGAAAUACAGGAAAAGUUUAAAGAAUCACUACAAUGUUUUUCAGUGGGAUUGACUGACUGUGCCAGCAAUUUCCUCCAUUUGUUGCUUUAUUAUGUGUUUUUACCAACAUUCAUAGAAAUGAAAGCUUUGGGUCAUCAUUCCUUCCAGUCUUCACCAGUUUGAAACUGUGGUUUGGAUUCACCAGUUUGGAUUUAAUAAUUGUGGAGAUUUGAAUGAUCUUUAAAUUAUGACUGCAAAGUAAUAUUUUUAAAAUUAUUUUUGAAAUAUCAGGAGCUCCCAAAGUCCCAGGUGACCUUUUAACGUGUUUUAAUUUAAAACUGAUUCAAUUUAUAAUCAUAGAAAAUGGAAAGAUACAGAAAUCUACUUAAAAACAGCAAAUAACUGGAAUUAUUUAACUGUUUCAUCAAAUUAGGACUGGACAAUAAGGAUCAAAAACCAGGUGUUGUUUUCUUUUCUUUUCUUUUUUUUUUUUUUUUUUUUUUGGCUGAACGUGAUCAAUGAUGGAAACUUGGAUUUAAAAAGAAAAAACAUCCCAAAUUAAAACCUGUUCAAUUUCAAUUGCAGACAAACUCCUACACACUGUUUAUAUUGCACAAAAACGUUGGCAACAUUCCCUUAAACUGAGGUUCCGUCCACUUAAAUCCAAUGUGAUCAAAGUUUUCUGGUCUUCUGUGAAAUAUAAAUACAGAAGAAAGAGACGAUGGUCUUAAUUGCUCAAAUACAUUGACAACAUUUGGAAAAAAAAAAGAAAUGGAAAGAGCAUCAGAAACCCUGCAGUCCGAGUACAUUGGACUGUGAUUUAACCAUAAGACCACCUUCACCUCCAGAGUGCGCAGAGACAAAAUGGAAAUUUCACUCCAAGCCACUUCCACACACCUUUCCAAAUUGCACAAAUAAGUUGCCAACAUUUGAGAAGGUGGGUGGAGGGUUGAGGUGGAAGGGCCUGAGUUUGGAUUGUUUGCAGGCAUUUGCUUGAAUUUCCUCCUUGCCAUUUCCACCAACUUUUACAAAUGUUGCCAAUGCAUUUGUGCAAUUUGUUUAGCCUUGAUGCAACUUAGUCCAUGAUAGCAGCAUACAAGAUUGGCUGUUUCUUCCCAUGAUUAAAAAACAAGAAUUUGCCUAAAGUUAGUCUAGGAGCUGUAGCUUUUAAUUUUACUAAUAAAGAAAAUGUUCAAGAAAUAAGUUGAGACUAAACCAGACUAAAAAUUUCACAUCUGAUCAGUAUUACUGAGACUGGUUCUGACUGUAGACUCUUAAAAAUAAACAAAUUGAUGUAAACAAUGCUGUCUUCGUUGAGGAUGGCUCCAUUUACCUGAUAAAUUGGAUAUAUUGCCCAGCCCUAGAUCAAACAUGCUGACUGUAAAGAAGCUGUGGUUCUCAGAUCAAACAUUCCCUCCCAUCAUUAUCCACCAGUUUGAGUUUUUCUACCCUAUGUGGCCAAGGAUCCAGAGAAUUACUGACCAAUUCUUUGUAUUUCUUUCGACUUAUGAUGGCAGCCAAUCGCUGUCCGGAACAGUGUCUGAUCACAGGGUGUCAUGUCUCCUCCACUAAUGUUCUGUCUUUAUUUAUCACUCAGUAUUUAUUAUGUUCACUGUUUUAUAUUUAUAUUCAGAGGUUGGAGACGUUAGCCUCAAAGGGUGCUUGAUUCUGCUGCUGAUUGGUUAAUUUUUGAGGUGAUGGAUGUAUUGAUUAUUGAUAUCAUUACAAUUGAUGAUGUUAUAAUUUUAUUGUGAAGUUUGAUAGUGAGAGUCUGAUUCCUGCAGCAGACUUUAACAUAUGAACACACUGGUGUUGUAAUUCUGUUGAUGAUGAAUGAAAAACACAAUGAUUUUCAGAAUAAAAUGUUUUAUUUAUUGUUUGAAAAAAUAGAAUAAAGAAACUGUUUAUACAUUUUUA